CUAUGACCAAGAGGGAGGGGGACGUCGUACAGAGACACAGCCAAUCAGAGGUUAGCCUGUUAGAUUUAUGCCAAGGUUUUUUAGGCUUGUAAUACUUCAGUGGAAGUGAAAAAAACCCAGUUUUAAAAAAUCCAAAAUGCCCUAUACACCGUCUGGCUUUUUCUGCGACCGGUUGAUCCGGGAGAGAGAGAGAAGAGACGGAGAAGGUUCCCUCAGCAAGCCCCUACGCUUCAGCGGACAGGACUUUGCCACGCUGAAACAAGAGUGCCUCACCAAGAAGUGCCUGUUUGAGGAUGACACCUUCCCUGCCACCGUGGAGUCCCUGGGGUACAAAGAGCUGGGACACAAGUCCAACAAGGUCAAGAACAUCGUCUGGAAGAGACCCAAGGUAGGAGGGGGGGAACAGAGGGGACAUGCAGGGGAAAAGAGGAUGACCUUAAUAAAGAGGGGAAGGGACGGGCACGCAUGAGGGAUGAUAUCUACAAUACCAAGUCAACUGCAGCGACGUUUCAGGAUGUUUUAAACGUUUCAGGAUGUUUUAAACGUUUCAGGAUGUUUUAAACAGGAUUCACGAUGGCAAAACUAAUAUUUCUCACAGAUUUUGAGGAAUCUUAUCUGGAUCUAAAUGUUCAGCAUUAUGGGCUGGAAUAACUGUUGAUAUGGCUGCUUGAAACAUGGAUGUGUCAGAAUGGUUAGAAAUGGUUAUGAAUCAUACCGUUAAAAGAAUGGUUAUGAAAUGGUUAUGAAUCAUAUCGUUAAAGAAUGGUUAUGAAACAUAUUGUUAAAGAAUGGUUAGAAUUGGUUAUGAAUCAUAUCGUUAAAGAAUGGUUAGAAAUGGUUAUGAAUCAUAUCGUUAAAGAAUGGUUAGAAAUGGUUAUGAAUCAUAUCGUUAAAGAAUGGUUAGAAAUGGUUAUGAAUCAUAUCGUUAAAGAAUGGUUAGAAAUGGUUAUGAAUCAUAUCGUUAAAGAAUGUUUAUGAAACAUAUCGUUAAAGAAUGGUUAGAAAUUGUUAUGAAUCAUAUCGUUAAAGAAUGGUUAGAAAUGGUUAUGAAUCAUAUCGUUAAAGAAUGGUUAGAAAUGGUUAUGAAUCAUAUCGGUAAAGAAUGGUUAGAAAUGGUUAUGAAACAUAUGGUUAAAGUAAUACAGAUGGAAAUAGGCCCGAAAUCUCUGAAAAUGAUUGUGUAGCUUAUUGACUGGAUGUGAAUUUACUUUGAGGUGAUUUGCAUGGGUUACAUCGGUUUUUGGUUAGAAAAAGCUACAUUUAGCAACAUUUAAAACAUUAUGUGACUUUGGCUGGUUAAACUAAACUAAACAAAGGAUUACUGCCUCUUCUUCUUCUUGGUUGUUUGUUUUUAUUUCAGUGUUAGGAAACAAAUAAUCUAUUUUGUAAUUCCAAAAUGGACCUGGGGCUUUUCCCACCCGGACAAAUAUGUAUAAAUACAUUUUUCAAUAUAGAGACCCGUUCCGAACGGAUCCAAGGACGACCAGUUCCAUAUAGACGUGGUCGGAGUGAGGGAAGCAGCAGAAAAGUCAAUUUGUAAGAUAUUUUAUUAACCAGACCUACUGUGAGCGAGUGAAACUGGACCAAGGAGGAGGGAGGGAGGGAGGGAGCAACCAACCGAGCCGAUUUGCGCUAGUAGACUAACGUCUAGCUUGUCAUAGCUAGGUUAUUUAUCAUCCAAUAUGAUUACUACUACCUGUCUUGACUGCAUCAAACCGAGAGAAGCUAGUUGGCUAAGAUAACUAGCUAAAUUAGCUAGCUAAGUUAGCUAGCCAGCUAGCUAGGCUAAUUGAGUCUGCAUGCGCUUUCUUCCUGUCAUACAGUUACAAAUAACACCUCCAUUCAGAUAACUAAAUAGCAGCCUACCUGUUGGCUCUUGUUCGUUGUAGCAUAUACUUCUCACUUAACUUUUAAUUCCAUAAUUGUAAUUCAAUUUGAGAUAAUCUCCUAAUUUGCAUUGCCACACGCUCUAUGACUGUAAUGGCGCUUUGAUGAUUUGUGAUUGUCCGACAACAACAUCAAGCUUACAGGCGCCACUCUGCAUAGGCUAUUCUCGUUGAGCGGUGGAGAACAUACUAUUCACUUUUUAGCGACAAUUCUCUGUCCAUCGCAGUUGUAAUCCACUGUGAAGCCAAAUUUGUUCCCAAACUGGAGAUUUAAACAAUGAUGGAUGAUCCUGCAGUGAUGGUUUAUCGAUCCCACCAUUAGCCAUCUACAGAGUUCCCAGCUGCGCCUCACAAAAAGGAUAGUUUGAAAUUCCGCCAGUUAAGAUGAUCAUUUUGAUUACAACAUGCGCAUAGGCUGUAGAUGGCACAACGUAUUCAUUCGGGUUCACAAUGCGGACCGAACAAGGUCCCCAUACCGCCCCUGAUUAGAAGGAGAGGAUGAAAAACAGAGGUGUUUCGGCCCUCCAGGACCGGAAUUGAAGAACCCUGGCAUAUUGUUUAUGUCAGUAAUGACAGUGUUGCAUCACCUUGUCCGUUUUGGUGUUAUAAUGGUUCCCUUACAGCAGUGAACUACACUGAACAAAAAAAAUAAACGCAACAUGUAAAGUGUUGGUCGCAUGUUUCAUGUGCUGAAAUAAAAAGAUCCCAGAAAUGUUCCAUACGCACAUAAAAAGGAUAUUCCUCUCCAAUUUUGUGCACAAAUUUGUUUACAUCCCUGUUAGUGAGCAUUUCUCCUUUGCCAAGAUAAUCCAUUCACCUGACAGGUGUGGCAUAUCAAGAAGCUGAUUAAACUUGUUGAGAAUGAGAACUUGUUCUCAACUGGCUUACCUGGUUAAAUAAAGGUGAAAUAAAAUUAAAAUAAAAAAACAGCGUGAUCAUUACACAGGUGCACCUUGUGCUGGGGACAAUAAAAGGCCACUCUAAAAUGUGCAGUUUUGUCACACACCACAACGCCACAGAUGUCUCAAGUUUUGAGGGAGUGUGCAAUUGGCAUGCUGACUGCAGGAAUGUCCACCAGAGCCGUGGCCAGAGAAUUUAAUGUUAAUUUCUCUACCAUAAGCCACCUCCAACGUCGUUUUAGAGGAUUUGGCAGUAUGUCCAACUGACCUCACAACCACCACGCCAGCCCAGGAUCUCCACAUCCGGCUUCUUCACCUGCGGGAUUGUCUGAGACCAGCCACCCGGAGAGCUGAUAAACCUGAGGAGUAUUUCUGUCUGUAAUAAAGCCCUUUUGUGGGGGGAAAACUCAUUCUGAUUCAUUCUAAUUCUUCUCCCACCCAUGGCUACGCCCCCUGCCCAGUCAUGUGAAAUCCAUAGAUUAGGGCCUAAUGAAUUUAUUUCAAUUGACUGAUUUCUUUAUAUGAACUGUAACUCAGUAAAAUCUUUUAAAUUGUUGUAUGUUGCGUUUAUAUUUUUGUUCAGUAUAGUUUAUUUCACAGUUAGAUCACAGUUAGCUACUCCAUUUGUUUCUACGUGAGUAUUGACAUAAUGUGUUCCUUCUAUUUCCAAACAACGACAUCAACUCCAUAAUGUUGCUGUUACAUUGUUAUUCACUGUAAUGGUUCACUAUUUCACAACAGUGAACUAGUUGAGAAUACAUGCAUUCUGUCAGCCAAUCCAUGUGUUUCUGUGUCUUCAGGAGAUCUCUGAGAACCCUCAGUUCAUUGUGGGCGGAGCCAGCAGGACAGACAUUUGCCAGGGAGACCUUGGUAAAUAAUAACUACACUGACCCCAACACAACACCAACACAACACGAACACGGACCCCAACACAACACUACACUGACCCCAACACAACACUACACUGACCCCAACACAACACUACACUGACCCCAAACAAACACUACCCUGACCCCAACACAACACUAACACUGACCCCAACACAACCUACACUGACACCCACACAACACUACAACUGACAACCCAACACAACACGUAACUACACUGACCCCACACAACACAACACAACACACACUGACACCAACUAACACUACACUGACACAACACAAACUACAACUGACACAACACAACACUACACUUGCCCCAACCAACCUACUACAACACGACCCCAACCAACACUACACUGACCCCCACAACACUACCUGACCCCAAUCACCAACACACACCUGACACCAACACAACACUACACGACACCAACCCAACACUACAACACUAACUACCCAACCCAAACACUACCUGCCCCCAAACCCCAACACUACACUGACCCCAACACAACACUACACACACUGACCCCAACCCCAACACUACACUGACCCCAACACAACACUUAAAACUACCCCAACACAACACUACACUGACCCAACACACACUCCUGACCCAACACAACCUACCUGCCCCAACAACACAACCAACCUACAAUGCCCCCCCAACAAAACCACCAACAAAACCCUACACUGACCCCAACACAACACUACACUGCCCCCAACACACCCCAAACACAACACUACACUGACACCACCACAAACACUACCCUGACCCCAACACAACACUACACUCCCACCAACCAACACUACCCCUACACUGACCCCAACACAACACUACACUGACCCCAACACAAACACUACACUACCUACCCCAACACAACCUACACUGACCCCAACACAACCCCUACAAUGACCCCAACACAACACUACAUUUCCCACCAACACACUACACGACACACACAACACUACACUGACCCACACACACUACACUGACCCAACACAACACUACACUGACCCCAACACAACACUACACUGACCCCAACACAACACUACACUGACACCAACACAACAACUACACUACACUGACCACAACACAACACUACACUGACCCAACACAACACUACACUGACCCCAACACAACACUACAAUGACCCCAACACAACACCAACACAACACUACACUGACCCCAACACAACACUACACUGACCCCAACACAACACUACACUGACCCCAACACAACACUACACUGACCCCAACACAACACUACAAUGACCCCAACACAAUACAACAAUGACCCCAACAUGGUUAUCUGUUCUCUUGCUAGUUUGUUGUUAACUUUGGACAAUUGAGUUGAGUGUUUUGAAUAUUUUUUGGGGGGGACAGGUCCCCCUCAUCCUCUGUUAUUGCUACACUUAUGGAUGCUUUUCCAGUGGCCUCUCUAUAUUGUCCUGGCUCUAUGGAAAGGAUUCCAGCUAGCAGCACUUCUCAUUGUUGAGCUGUUCGUCCAUCCAGGGGGACAAAGGUUCAUGCAGGCUGGGACCAAAAAUAUUCUAAAUGCUCAAAACUGACAUUGUUCAACAGUUAACUCCCUGACUGGGAACAGCCUACACACAGGUGUGGAGUGACAACCAGAAAACACUGAGGUCAGGAGUGAGAGAGGGAGAUUUUUCCCUCAACAACACAAAGAUAUCAGAGGAAAUAUUGCAUUAGUAUUAUUCAGAUAUCAAGUCCCAUCUGGAGACAACCAAGGGGAUGAUGGCCCACUACUCAGUAACCAAACAAUAAAGACAAAAUAACAACAACAACAAUAUCUCGUCCAUCAACUCCAAUUAAUCAUAAUGGCUUCACAGAACAAUGAUUCUACAUGUUGUGUACAUUUUACCAGUAUCCUGGACUGUGUUCAUUGUGUGUAAGUGCGUGAUGAUGAUGAUGAUGUGUGUGUUGCUUGGUGUGUUCCUUGGUGUGUGUGUGUGUGUGUGUGUGUGUGUGUGUGUGUGUAUGUGUGUGUGUGUGUGUGUGUGUAUGUGUGUGUGUGUGUGUGUAGGUGACUGCUGGCUGAAAAUAUUGUAUCAGUAUUUUUAGAUUCACAGUGUUGUUAUAGAUCUACAAAUGCACGACUAUGUAAUUGGUGUGUGUCUCACUGUGUGUUUCCUAGGUGACUGUUUGUUAUUGGUGUGUGUCUCACUGUGUGUUUCCUAGGUGACUGUUUGUUAUUGGUGUGUGUCUCACUGUGUGUUUCCUAGGUGACUGUUUGUUAUUGGUGUGUGUCUCACUGUGUGUUUCCUAGGUGACUGUUUGUUAUUGGUGUGUGUCUCACUGUGUGUUUCCUAGGUGACUGUUUGUUAUUGGUGUGUGUCUCACUGUGUGUUUCCUAGGUGACUGUUUGUUAUUGGUGUGUGUCUCACUGUGUGUUUCCUAGGUGACUGUUUGUUAUUGGUGUGUGUCUCACUGUGUGUUUCCUAGGUGGACUGUUGUUAUUGGUGUGUGGUCUCACGGUGGGUUUCCCUAGGUGACUGCUGGCUUGCUAUUGGCAUGUCUCACUGUGUGUUUCCUAGGUGACUGGCUGGCUGAUUGGCUGCAUAGCCUGUCUGAACUUGUGUGUUUCCUGUGACUGCUUGGCUGCUGCUGCUAUAGCCUGUCUGACUGUUGUAGUUUCCUAGGUGACUGCUGGCUGGCUGGCUGUUAUAGCCUGUCCUGACUGUGUGUUUCCUAGGUGACUGCUGGGCUGCUGGCUGCUAUAGCCUGUCUGACUGUGUGUUCCUAGGUGACUGCUGGCUGCUGCUGUAUAGCCUGUCUGACUGUGUGUUUUCCUAGUGACUGCCUGGCUGCUAUAGCCUGUCUGACUGUGUGUUUCCUAGGUGACUGCUGGCUUGCUAUAGCCUGUCUGACUGUGUGUUUCCUAGGUGACUGCUGGCUGCUGGCUGCUAUAGCCUGUCUGACUGUGUGUUUCCUAGGUGACUGCUGGCUGCUGGCUGCUAUAGCCUGUCUGACUGUGUGUUUCCUAGGUGACUGCUGGCUGCUAUAGCCUGUCUGACUGUGUGUUUCCUAGGUGACUGCUGGCUGCUGGCUGCUAUAGCCUGUCUGACUGUGUGUUUCCUAGGUGACUGCUGGCUGCUGGCUGCUAUAGCCUGUCUGACUGUGUGUUUCCUAGGUGACUGCUGGCUUGGCUGCUAUAGCCUGUCUGACUGUGUGUUUCCUAGGUGACUGCUGGCUGCUAUAGCCUGUCUGACUGUGUGUUUCCUAGGUGACUGCUGGCUGUGCUAUAGCCUGUCUGACUGUGUGUUUCCUAGGUGACUGCUGGCUGCUGUUAUAGCCUGUCUGACUGUGUGUUUCCUAGGUGACUGCUUGGCUGCUAUAGCCUGUCUGACUGUGUGUGUUUCCUAGGUGACUGGGCUGCUGGCUGCUAUAGCCUGUCUGACUGUGUGUUUCCUAGGUGACUGCUGGCUGCUGGCUGUUAUAGCCUGUCUGACUGUGUGUUUCCUAGGUGACUGCUGGCUGUUAUAGCCUGUCUGACUGUGUGUUUCCUAGGUGACUGCUGGCUGCUGGCUGCUAUAGCCUGUCUGACUGUGUGUUUCCUAGGUGACUGCUGGCUGCUGGCUGCUAUAGCCUGUCUGACUGUGUGUUUCCUAGGUGACUGCUGGCUGCUAUAGCCUGUCUGACUGUGUGUUUCCUAGGUGACUGCUGGCUGUUAUAGCCUGUCUGACUGUGUGUUUCCUAGGUGACUGCUGGCUGCUGGCUGCUAUAGCCUGUCUGACCCUGAAUGAGAAGCUUCUCUACCGUGUCGUUCCUCAGGAACAGAGCUACUCCGAGGGAUAUGGAGGAAUCUUCCACUUCCAGGUCAGAACCCACCAAUCAAAACAACCCUAAUUAUUAGACAACUAUAAACAAUAACACAUGUUACAUUGACUAAUGUCUAUUUCUAUGUUGUAUUGUAAUCAGGGAAGGGCUCAAUUCCAUUUCAAGUCAGUGAGUUCAGGAAGUACACUGACAUUUGAAACUGAAAUUGUCCUCAAUGAAUUUCCUCAAAAGUGGGAUAGGAAUUUCGGUUUACUUUCUGAAUUGAACUGAAAUCAACCCCCUACCCUGAUUGCAAUACAUUAUCAACUCCUGUCAAAUGUCUUCAACCAUGUCAUUUCCUGCAUGGGACAUCUCUUCCUCCUCCAGUUCUGGCGCUAUGGCGACUGGGUUGACGUUGUCAUUGACGACCGCAUCCCCACCUUCAACAACCAGCUGGUGUUCACCAAGUCUGCUGAGAGGAACGAGUUCUGGAGCGCCCUGCUGGAGAAGGCCUACGCCAAGUACGUACCCCUAACCCUAGCCCUAACCCUAACCCUACCCCUACCCCUAACCCUACCCCUAACCCCUAACCGAACCCUAACCCUAACCCUACCCCUACCCCUAACCCUACCCUAACCCAUAACCCUACCCCUAACCCUAACCCUAACCUACCCCUAGCCCUAGCCCUACCCUAACCCUAACCCUAACCUACCCUAACCUAACCCUAACCUUGCCCUAGCCCUACCAACCCUACCCUAACUAACACUAGCCCUAGCCUACCCACCACUACCCUACCCUACCUACCCUACCCCAAUAACCUACCCUAAUAGCCUGCCUAGCCCUAACCACCCUAACCUAGCCUAGCCCAUAACCUAGCCUACCGGGUCCCAGCCCUACCACCCUAACCCUACCCUAACCCACCCUACCCCCCCCUACCCUACCUACCCUAACAGCCAGCCCACCUCCUACCCCUACCCCAGCCCUAACCCACCCUACCCUACCCUCCCCUAGUGGACAGCAAAGUUUUCCAUACGUCAUUACACCUUUAUUGAACAUGGUCAAUUACACUAGCAUAUAGGCGUUAUCAAAACUUCACAUAGGUGUGUUGAUUGACUGCUGGGGGUCAAGGAGACCCACAGCUCCUCUAAAACCAUUGACGUGCCGUUUUCAAGGGAUUGUUAAAUAAAUGUUAACUAUAUGGUUGUGAUGUCAUCACCUCUUGAAGAGCAUCGUCAGACCUAGACAUUCCAGAUCAUUCCAUCCAAAACAACUGUCCACAUUUAGCUCUAUCAUCAGAGUUAUACAGCAAGUAACUGCAUGCUUUUCAUGAUCAGUAAACAUCAAUUGAUCAUGUCAUUUCAGAUACAUAGAGUAGCCUUAAGAUAUCUCUCAAUAUUUGCCACCAUUAAUUGGAUAACAUCUUUUUACCCUCCUCAAGAGACAUAAUAAGCCCUGUACUCCCUCCACUUAACUGGCUAACUAGCUAAUAACAGAUCAAGUCAAUAUGGCUAGUGAACAAGCUAACGUUCAGGGGAUAAACUAGAUGACGACAGGAGUCCAACUGACAACUUUACCAGGUUGAUGUCAAGCUCUUUCCAAAAGCCUAAUGGCUGAUGAAACAAGCUAAAUUACGUUGUUUGCUUAGCUAGCUACAUGCCAAAUGGAUAGGUACCUUCGCAUAUCUGAAAUUACAUGAUCAUUGAUGUUUACUGAUCAUGAUAACUCUGAUGACAGAGCUAAAUGUGGAAUAAUCAGAAACGUGUAGUUCUGAUUAAAUAGCUAUAACAUUUAAACACGGCACGUAGUUGUCAACGGUUUUAGCGGAGCUGGUGGUCUCCUUGCCCCCAAGCAGCCAAAUCUAACACAUUGUGACGUUUUAUUGAAGACGACCUGUAUGGACGUUUUGUUAAUGUCUUUUUAGCAUCCAGAAACCCUAUAACAGCCACUAUAAACAGGGUGGUUCGAGCCCUGAAUGCUGAUUGGCUGACAGCCGUGGUAUAUCAGACCGUAGACCACGGGUAUGACAAACCAUGUAUUUGUACUGCUCUAAUUACGUUGGUAACCAGUUUAAUAAUAAGUGUUUGUGGUAUAGUGCGUAAGAACAGCUCUUAGCAAUGGUAUAUUGGCCAAAUACCACACCCCCUCGGGCCUUAUUGCUUAAAUAUACAACAUCUUUCCAAUGACUACUCUACCCUGCUCUCCCUAAUCGCUCCCCUAAUCCUCACCUGAACCUCUCCCCACCACCUCAUCCUGUCUCCCCCUCACCCUGACUCCCCCCAACCUCACUUCCCUGACUCCCCCCUGAUCCUCUCCCCACCCCCUCAUCCUGUCUCCCCCUCACCCUCUCUCCCAUCCCUCACCCUGACUCCCCCCUGAACCUCUCCCCACCCCCCCACCCCCCCCUCAUCCUGUCCUCCCCCUCACCCUCUCCUCCACCCUCACCCUGACUCCCCCCUACACCUCUCUCCCCCCCCUCAUCCUGUCUCCCCCUCACCCUCUCCCCACCCUCACCCUGACUCCCCACCCUCCUCACCCUGCUCCCCCCUGACCCUUCUCCCCCCUCCCCCUCCCCCCCCACCCUUCCCCCCUCCCCUCCCCUUACCCCCUGUCCUCCCCCCUGACCCUCCCCACCCUCCCCCCCCCACCUUUACCCUGUCUCCCCCUGACCUCUCCCCACCCCCUUUACCCUGUCUCCCCCCUGACCCUCUCCCCCCCUGACCCUCCCCCCACCCUUUACCCUGUCUCCCCCCUGACCCUCUCCCCCACCCCUUUACCCUGUCUCCCCCCUGACCCUCUCCCCCCCCCCCUCACCCUGGUCUCCCCCCCUGACCCUCUCCCCCCCCCCCCCCUCACCCUGUCUCCCCCCCUGACCCUCUCCCCCCCCUGACAUACCCCUAACCCUCUCUCACCCUGUCUCACACUCUGACCUACCCCCAACACUCACCCUGUCUCACCCUCCCAUCCCCCAGGCUGCACGGUUCCUAUGAGGCCCUGAAGGGCGGCAACACCACGGAGGCCAUGGAAGACUUCACCGGGGGAGUGACAGAGUUCUAUGAGAUGAAGGAGGCGCCCAAGGAGCUGUACAAGAUCAUGAAGAAGGCCCUGGAGAGAGGCUCUAUGAUGGGCUGCUCUAUCGACGUGAGUCUCUGACCUUAGGAGCGUGACCCCGACCUCCAACAGGUCUCACAAACCGUAAUUGAAGAGACUCCCGUCAAUAGAGCAGCCCAUCAGGGAGCCUCUCUCUCUUCAGUUAUUGAUUCAGACCAGACCUAGAAGCCAUUUCAGUCAAAACGUUCAGCUAUGUAUGGCCUGUCUGUGGAGGUCUUGCCCACAGUUAGUCCCGCCACCCGCAGUGCCGUGUCGGUGUGGAUACAAAUCCAUCCCAUUGCCUAUUUCACACAAACCUUCUCCCGUCUUUCCUGCCUCCCCUACUCACUAUCCAUAGAAGCAUGUAGAAAUACAAGAGGAGUGGAAAACCGCCCCCCCCCCCCAAAAAAAAAAACAUUAGAAAAAAAAAAAAAAAAAUCCAUAGGUUUAACAAAAUGUAUCGAGUGCUGGAACUCAUCGAUGAUCAAGAGCAAUUUAAAAACUAUCCCCUUCCACAGGUUUAACCAACUGUAUCCAAUCAGUCCUGCUCCUCAUGUCAUCAUUGACGAUCCAGAAGCCAUGUUGUGAUUCCUGUCUUGUUGUUCAUUCCAUUCCCCAGUCCCUGGUUCCUGCUCGCUUCGAGACCCGUACCGUGACUGGCCUGGUGAAGGGCCACGCCUACUCUGUGACUGCCGUUGAGGAGGUGAGAUACACCUAUAGAAACAUAUACGUUCACUUUACGCCAUAGAUCGUGGGUUCGAUUCCCGCAAGGGGGCUGCACAUAAGUAAAAUAUAUGCAGGCAUGAGUGUAAGUCGCUUUGGAUAAAAGCGUCUGCUAAUGAAAUAUAUUUAUUUAUCAUCUUGUGAUUGCUGUAUAUACACUACAUUAUUAGAUAGACCAUGAGAUACACUACAUUAUUAGAUAGACCAUGAGAUACACUACAUUAUUAGAAAGACCAUGAGAUACACUACAUUAUUAGAUAGACCAUGAGAUACACUACAUUAUUAGAUAGACCAUGAGAUACACUACAUUAUUAGAUAGAUAGACCAUGAGAUACACUACAUAUUAGGUAGACCAUGAUAUACACUACAUUAUUAGAAAGACCAUGAGAUACACUACAUUAUUAGAUAGACCAUGAGAUACACUACAUUAUUAGAUAGAUAGACCAUGAGAUGCACUACAUUAUUAGGUAGACCAUGAUAUACACUACAUUAUUAGAUAGGCCAUGAGAUACACUACAUUAUUAGAUAGACCAUGAGAUACACUACAUUAUUAGAAAGACCAUGAGAUACACUACAUUAUUAGAAAGACCAUGAGAUACACUACAUUAUUAGAUAGACCAUGAGAUACACUACAUUAUUAGAUAGAUAGACCAUGAGAUACACUACAUUAUUAGAUAGACCAUGAGAUACACUACAUUAUUAGAUAGACCAUGAGAUACACUACAUUAUUAGAUAGAUAGACCAUGAGAUACACUACAUUAUUAGAUAGACCAUGAGAUACACUACAUUAUUAGAUAGAUAGACCAUGAGAUACACUACAUUAUUAGAUAGACCAUGAGAUACACUACAUUAUUAGGUAGACCAUGAGAUACACUACAUUAUUAGAUAGACCAUGAGAUACACUACAUUAUUAGAUAGACCAUGAGAUACACUACAUUAUUAGGUAGACCAUGAGAUACACUACAUUAUUAGAUAGAUAGACCAUGAGAUACACUACAUUAUUAGAUAGACCAUGAGAUACACUACAUUAUUAGAAAGACCAUGAGAUACACUACAUUAUUAGAUAGACCAUGAGAUACACUACAUUAUUAGAUAGAUAGACCAUGAGAUGCACUACAUUAUUAGAUAGACCAUGAGAUACACUACAUUAUUAGGUAGACCAUGAUAUACACUACAUUAUUAGAUAGGCCAUGAGAUACACUACAUUAUUAGAUAGACCAUGAGAUACACUACAUUAUUAGAAAGACCAUGAGAUACACUACAUUAUUAGAUAGACCAUGAGAUACACUACAUUAUUAGAUAGACCAUGAGAUACACUACAUUAUUAGAUAGACCAUGAGAUACACUACAUUAUUAGGUAGACCAUGAGAUACACUACAUUAUUAGAUAGAUAGACCAUGAGAUACACUACAUUAUUAGAUAGACCAUGAGAUACACUACAUUAUUAGAAAGACCAUGAGAUACACUACAUUAUUAGAUAGACCAUGAGAUACACUACAUUAUUAGGUAGACCAUGAGAUACACUACAUUAUUAGAUAGAUAGACCAUGAGAUACACUACAUUAUUAGAUAGACCAUGAGAUACACUACAUUAUUAGAUAGAUAGACCAUGAGAUGCACUACAUUAUUAGAUAGAUAGACCAUGAGAUACACUACAUUAUUAGAUAGACCAUGAGAUACACUACAUUAUUAGAUAGACCAUGAGAUACACUACAUUAUUAGAUAGAUAGACCAUGAGAUACACUACAUUAUUAGAUAGACCAUGAGAUACACUACAUUAUUAGAUAGAUAGACCAUGAGAUACACUACAUUAUUAGAUAGAUAGACCAUGAGAUGCACUACAUUAUUAGAUAGAUAGACCAUGAGAUACACUACAUUAUUAGAUAGAUAGACCAUGAGAUACACUACAUUAUUAGAUAGAUAGACCAUGAGAUGCACUACAUUAUUAGAUAGACCAUGAGAUACACUACAUUAUUAGGUAGACCAUGAUAUACACUACAUUAUUAGAUAGGCCAUAAGAUACACUACAUUAUUAGAUAGACCAUGAGAUACACUACAUUAUUAGGUAGACCAUGAGAUACACUACAUUAUUAGAUAGACCAUGAGAUACACUACAUUAUUAGAAAGACCAUGAGAUACACUACAUUAUUAGAUAGACCAUGAGAUACACUACAUUAUUAGAAAGACCAUGAGAUACACUACAUUAUUAGAAAGACCAUGAGAUACACUACAUUAUUAGAUAGACCAUGAGAUACACUACAUUAUUAGAUAGAUAGACCAUGAGAUACACUACAUUAUUAGAUAGACCAUGAGAUACACUACAUUAUUAGAUAGACCAUGAGAUACACUACAUUAUUAGAUAGAUAGACCAUGAGAUGCACUACAUUAUUAGAUAGACCAUGAGAUGCACUACAUUAUUAGAUAGACCAUGAGAUACACUACAUUAUUAGAUAGAUAGACCAUGAGAUACACUACAUUAUUAGGUAGACCAUGAGAUACACUACAUUAUUAGGUAGACCAUGAGAUACACUACGUUAUUAGAUAGACCAUGAGAUACACUACAUUAUUAGAAAGAUCAUGAGAUACACUACAUUAUUAGGUAGACCAUGAGAUACACUACAUUAUUAGAUAGACCAUGAGAUACACUACAUUAUUAGAUAGACCAUGAGAUACACUACAUUAUUAGAUAGACCAUGAGAUACACUACAUUAUUAGGUAGACCAUGAGAUACACUACAUUAUUAGAUAGAUAGACCAUGAGAUACACUACAUUAUUAGAAAGACCAUGAGAUACACUACAUUAUUAGAUAGACCAUGAGAUACACUACAUUAUUAGAUAGACCAUGAGAUACACUACAUUAUUAGAUAGAUAGACCAUGAGAUACACUACAUUAUUAGAUAGACCAUGAGAUACACUACAUUAUUAGAUAGAUAGACCAUGAUAUACACUACAUUAUUAGAUAGACCAUGAGAUACACUACAUUAUUAGAUAGACCAUGAGAUACACUACAUUAUUAGGUAGACCAUGAGAUACAGAGCUGUGGUUAGAUGACAGUAGCCAUUUGAAAGCUGACUCAAUGGGCCAGUGGUUGUUGCCGUUGUGAUUGUUACAUGGACCGGUGUGUGUGUGUGUUUCUCCUCAGUGUAAGCAGUCCCAUCACAAGGAGUCUAAGGUGCGUUUGGUGCGCCUCAGGAACCCCUGGGGACAGGUGGAGUGGAACGGGCCCUGGAGCGACAAGUAAGAGACACCUGAUUGGUUGAUUCAUUACUUAAUUGAUUGAUUGAUUACUUAAUUGAUGUUGUUCCCUCCCGUCCACAGCUCUGAGGAGUGAUGAUGUUGUUGAUGUUGUUCCCUCCUGCCCACAGCUCUAAGGAGUGAUGAUGUUGUUGAUGUUGUUCCCUCCUGUCCACAGCUCUGAGGAGUGAUGAUGUUGUUGAUGUUGUUCCCUCCCGUCCACAGCUCUAAGGAGUGAUGAUGUUGUUGAUGUUGUUCCCUCCUGCCCACAGCUCUAAGGAGUGAUGAUGUUGUUGAUGUUGUUCCCCACUGCCCACAGCUCUAAGGAGUGAUGAUGUUGUUGAUGUUGUUCCCUCCCGUCCACAGCUCUGAGGAGUGAUGAUGUUGUUGAUGUUGUUCCCUCCCGUCCACAGCUCUAAGGAGUGAUGAUGUUGUUGAUGUUGUUCCCUCCUCUCCACAGCUCUGAGGAGUGAUGAUGUUGUUGAUGUUGUUCCCUCCCAUCCACAGCUCUGAGGAGUGAUGAUGUUGUUGAUGUUGUUCCCUCCUGUCCACAGCUCUGAGGAGUGAUGAUGUUGUUGAUGUUGUUCCCUCCCGUCCACAGCUCUGAGGAUUGAUGAUGUUGUUGAUGUUGUUCCCUCCUGUCCACAGCUCUGAGGAGUGAUGAUGUUGUUGAUGUUGUUCCCUCCCGUCCACAGCUCUGAGGAGUGAUGAUGUUGUUGAUGUUGUUCCCUCCCGUCCACAGCUCUGAGGAGUGAUGAUGUUGUUGAUGUUGUUCCCUCCUGUCCACAGCUCUGAGGAGUGAUGAUGUUGUUGAUGUUGUUCCCUCCCGUCCACAGCUCUGAGGAGUGAUGAUGUUGUUGAUGUUGUUCCCUCCCGUCCACAGCUCUAAGGAGUGAUGAUGUUGUUGAUGUUGUUCCCUCCUGUCCACAGCUCUAAGGAGUGAUGAUGUUGUUGAUGUUGUUCCCUCCCGUCCACAGCUCUGAGGAGUGAUGAUGUUGUUGAUGUUGUUCCCCACUGCCCACAGCUCUGAGGAGUGAUGAUGUUGUUGAUGUUGUUCCCCACUGCCCACAGCUCUGAGGAGUGAUGAUGUUGUUGAUGUUGUUCCCCACUACCCACAGCUCUAAGGAGUGAUGAUGUUGUUGAUGUUGUUCCCUCCCGUCCACAGCUCUAAGGAGUGAUGAUGUUGUUGAUGUUGUUCCCUCCUGUCCACAGCUCUGAGGAGUGAUGAUGUUGUUGAUGUUGUUCCCCACUGCCCACAGCUCUAAGGAGUGAUGAUGUUGUUGAUGUUGUUCCCUCCUGUCCACAGCUCUAAGGAGUGAUGAUGUUGUUGAUGUUGUUCCCUCCCGUCCACAGCUCUAAGGAGUGAUGAUGUUGUUGAUGUUGUUCCCUCCCGUCCACAGCUCUAAGGAGUGAUGAUGUUGUUGAUGUUGUUCCCUCCCGUCCACAGCUCUAAGGAGUGAUGAUGUUGUUGAUGUUGUUCCCUCCCGUCCACAGCUCUAAGGAGUGGUGAUGUUGUUGAUGUUGUUCCCUCCUGUCCACAGCUCUAAGGAGUGGUGAUGUUGUUGAUGUUGUUCCCUCCCGUCCACAGCUCUAAGGAGUGAUGAUGUUGUUGAUGUUGUUCCCUCCCGUCCACAGCUCUGAGGAGUGAUGAUGUUGUUGAUGUUGUUCCCUCCCGUCCACAGCUCUGAGGAGUGAUGAUGUUGUUGAUGUUGUUCCCUCCCGUCCACAGCUCUAAGGAGUGAUGAUGUUGUUGAUGUUGUUCCCUCCCGUCCACAGCUCUAAGGAGUGAUGAUGUUGUUGAUGUUGUUCCCUCCCGUCCACAGCUCUAAGGAGUGAUGAUGUUGUUGAUGUUGUUCCCUCCCGUCCACAGCUCUAAGGAGUGAUGAUGUUGUUGAUGUUGUUCCCUCCUGUCCACAGCUCUAAGGAGUGAUGAUGUUGUUGAUGUUGUUCCCUCCCGUCCACAGCUCUGAGGAGUGAUGAUGUUGUUGAUGUUGUUCCCUCCCGUCCACAGCUCUAAGGAGUGAUGAUGUUGUUGAUGUUGUUCCCUCCCGUCCACAGCUCUAAGGAGUGAUGAUGUUGUUGAUGUUGUUCCCUCCCGUCCACAGCUCUGAGGAGUGAUGAUGUUGUUGAUGUUGUUCCCUCCCGUCCACAGCUCUAAGGAGUGAUGAUGUUGUUGAUGUUGUUCCCUCCCGUCCACAGCUCUAAGGAGUGAUGAUGUUGUUGAUGUUGUUCCCUCCCGUCCACAGCUCUAAGGAGUGAUGAUGUUGUUGAUGUUGUUCCCCACUGUCCACAGCUCUAAGGAGUGAUGAUGUUGUUGAUGUUGUUCCCUCCCGUCCACAGCUCUAAGGAGUGAUGAUGUUGUUGAUGUUGUUCCCUCCCGUCCACAGCUCUAAGGAGUGAUGAUGUUGUUGAUGUUGUUCCCUCCCGUCCACAGCUCUAAGGAGUGAUGAUGUUGUUGAUGUUGUUCCCUCCCGUCCACAGCUCUAAGGAGUGAUGAUGUUGUUGAUGUUGUUCCCCACUGCCCACAGCUCUAAGGAGUGAUGUUGUUGAUGUUGUUCCCUCCUGUCCACAGCUCUAAGGAGUGGGUAUCUCUGUCUAAGGGAGAGAAGGACAAGCUCCAGCAUCAGAGUGCUGAGGACGGUGAGUUCUGGUGAGUCUGUUCCUCUCUUCAACAAGUAAUUCUAGCUGCUCUUGAAAGUCUAAGCUUGUUGUCUCUACCCACAUUUCGUGUCCUCUCCUGUCUCGACUGGAAAAGGAAAACCCACACUCACUGAAAUUGUCUUUCAGUUUUUAAAGUUAUUCUGCUGCUAAAGAACAUCUAAACGUACAGACUAUUUCAGUGAUUGCAAGUCUUCCUUUUCCAGUUGAUAUGCCUUUUGAACACUGCAUCAAAAGAUGUUUGAUUACAAAUUAUCGAAUAGAACAUGCCAGUUCUCUCAUCCCCUCUCCCACCCAGUCUCCCGCACCCUCUCCCUCCCUCCCCUUCUCUCCCUCUCCUCUGUCUCCCUCUCCCUCCAAAAUUACUGAGGAUAAUAGCGGACGAUAUUGCCACUCCUAUUUGCCAUAUCUUCAAUUUAAGCCUACUAGAAAGUGUGUGCCCUCAGGCCUGGAGGGAAGCAAAAGUCAUUCCGCUACCUAAGAAUAGUAAAGCCCCCUUUACUGACUCAAAUAUCCAACCAAUCAGCCUGUUACCAACCUUUAAACUUUUGAAAAAAUUGUGCUUGACCAGAUACAAUGCUAUUUUACUGUAAACAAAUUGACAGACAUUCAAGGAAGGACAUUCAACAUGCACGGCACUUACACAAAUGACUGAUGAUUGGCUGAGAGAAAUUGAUGAUCAAAAUAUUGUGGGGGCUGUUUUGUUAGACUUCAGUGCGGCUUUUGACAUUAUCGAUCAUACAGUGCCUUGCAAAAUUAUUCAUCCCCUUGGCGUUUUUCUUAUUUUGUUGCAUUACAACCUGUAAUUUCUAUUUGGAUUUCAUGUAAUGGACAUACACAAAAUAGUCCAAAUUGGUGAAGUGAAAUGAAAUAAAUAUUGUUUCAAAAAAGUCUAAAAAAUAAAUAACGGAAAAGUGGUGUGUGCAUAUGUAUUCACCCCCUUUGCUAUGAAGCCCCUAAAUAAGAUCUGGUGCAACCAAUUACCUUCAGAAGUCACAUAAUUAGUUAAAUAAAGUCCACCUGUGUGCAAUCUAAGUGUCACAUGAUCUGUCACAUGAUCUCAGUAUAUAUACACCUGUUCUGAAAGGCCCCAGAGUCUGCAACACCACUAAGCAAGGGGCACCACCAAGCAAGCGGCACCAUGAAGACCAAGGAGCUCUCCAAACAGGUCAGGGACAAAGUUGUGGAGAAGUACAGAUCAGGGUUGGGUUAUAAAAGAAUAUCCGUAACUUUGAACAUCCAACAGAGCACCAUUAAAUCCAUUAUUAAAAAAUGGAAAGAAUAUGGCACCACAACAAACCUGCCAAGAGAGGACCGCCCACCAAAACUCACGGACCAGGCAAGGAGGGCAUUAAUCAGAGAGGCAACAAAAGAGACCAAAGAUAACCCUGAAGGAGCUGCAAAGCUCCACAGCGGAGAUUGGAGUAUCUGUCCAUAGGACCACUUUAAACCGUACACUCCACAGAGCUGGGCUUUACGGAAGAGUGGCCAGAAAAAAGCCAUUGCUUCAAGAUAAAAAUAAGAAAACACAUUUAGUGUUCGCCAAAAGGCAUGUGGGAGACUCCCCAAACAUAUGGAAGAAGGUACUCUGGUCAGAUGAGACAAAAAUUGAGCUUUUUGGCCAUCAAGGAAAACUCUAUGUCUGGCACAAACCCAACACCUCUCAUCACCCCGAGAACACAGUCAAAACAUCGGCAGGGACUGGGAAACUGGUCAGAAUUGAAGGAGUGAUGGAUGGCGCUAAAUACAGGGAAAUUCUUGAGGGAAACCUGUUUCAGUCUUCCAGAGAUUUGAGACUGUGACAAAGGUUCACCUUCCAGCAGGACAAUGACCCUAAGCAUACUGCUAAAGCAACACUCAUGUGGUUUAAGGGGAAACAUUUAAAUGUCUUGGAAUGGUCUAGUCAAAGCCCAGACCUCAAUCCAAUUGAGAAUCUGUGGUAUGACUUAAAGAUUGCUGUACACCAGCGGAACCCAUCCAACUUGAAGGAGCUGGAGCAGUUUUGCCUUGAAGAAUGGGCAAAAAUCCCAGUGACUAGAUGUGCCAAGCUUAUAGAGACAUACCCCAAGAGACAAAAGGGGGCUCUACAAAGUACUGACUUUGGGGGGUUGAAUAGUUAUGCACGCUCAAGUUCUGUUUUUUUGUCUUAUUUCUUGUUUGUUUCACCAUAAAAAAAUAUUUUGAAUCUUCAAAGUGGUAGGCAUGUUGUGUAAAUCAAAUGAUAGAAACCCCCCAAAAAUCAAUUUUAAUUCCAGGUUGUAAGGCAACAAAAUAGGAAAAAUGCCAAGGGGGGUGAAUACUUUCGCAAGCCACUGUAGUCUUCUGAUGGAAAAACAUACAGUGAGGGAAAAAAGCAUUUUUCCCCUGCUGAUUUUGUACGUUUGCCCACUGACAAAGACAUGAUCAGUCUAUAAUUUUAAUGGAAGGUUUAUUUGAACAGUGAGAGACAGAAUAACAACAGAAAAAUCUGCAAAACAUGACUUAGUACUUGGUGGCAAAACCCUUGUUGGCAAUCACAGAGGUCAGACGUUUCUUGUAGUUGGCCACCAGGUUUGCACACAACUACAAAAUCCCUCCUGAGAUGUGUGCAAACCUGGUGGCCAGCGGGGACUGUGAAGAGACACAGGUACAGACACAUGGAUUUUGUAUUGUAGAUAUGUGGUAGUAGAGUAGUGGCCUGUUUAGCAAAUGUAUUAAAAAUUUAAAACAAAAAUACCUUAUGUACAUAAGUAUUCAGACCCUUUGCUAUGAGACUCAAAAUUGAGCUCAGAUGCAUCCUGUUUCCAUUGAUCACUACAACUUGAUUGGAGUCCACCUGUGGUAAAUUCAAUUGAUUGGACAUGAUUUGGAAAAGGUACACAUCUGUCUAUGUAAGGUCCCACAGUGCAUGUCAGAGCAUAAACCAAGCCAUGAGGUCGAAGGAUUUGUCCGUAGAGCUCCGAGACAGGAUUUUGUCGAGGCACAGAUCUGGUGAAGGGUACCAAAACAUUUCUGCAGCAUUGAACGUCCCUAAGAACACAGUGGCCUCCAUCAUUCUGCAAUGGCAGAAGUUUGGAACCACCAAAACUCUUCCUAGAGCUGGCUGCCCGGCCAAACUGAGCAAUCAGGGGAGAAGGGCCUUGGUCAGGGAGGUGACCAAGAACCUGACGGUCACUCUGACAGAGCUCCAGAAUUCCUCUGUGGAGAUGGGAGAACCUUCCAGAAGGACAACCAUCUCUGCAGCACUCCACCAAUCAGGCCUUUAUGGUAGAGUGGCCAGAUGGAAGCCUCUCCUCAGUAAAAGGCACAUGACAGCCCGCUUGGAGUUUGCCAAAAGGCACCUAAAGACUCUCAGACCAUGAGAAACAAGAUUCUCUGGUCUGAUGAAACCAAGAUUGAACUCUUUGGCCUGAAUGCCAAGUGUCACGUCUGGAGGAAACCUGGCACCAUGUAGUGUGCAGAUUGAUGAGAAAAAAAUAACAAUUCAAUCCAUUUUAGAAUAAGGUUGUAACCAGGUUGUGAAACUGUAUGUCAAGGGGUCUGAAUACUUUCCUAAUGCACUGUAACUGCUUUAAUGUUCCUGCCUUGGCAGCAGCUAAUGGGCAUCCUUAAUAAAUACAAAUACAAAUCUCCUCUGUCUCCCUCCCCCGCUCUCUCUCCCUCCCCCUUUCUCUCUCUCUCUCUUCUCCCCCCCCCCCCCCAGGAUGUCCUUUGAGGACUUCAAGAAGAACUACACCAAGAUUGAGAUCUGCAACCUGACCCCUGACGCCCUGGAGGACGAUAAGAUCCACAAGUGGACGGUGUCCGUGAACGAGGGUCGCUGGGUCAGAGGCUGCUCUGCCGGGGGCUGCAGGAACUACCCAGGUAGGAGAUGACCCCUGACCUCUAAACUCUAACCCUGUAUUAUAUAUUACCCUCGUCUGUAAUUUGUUAUUAUUUUAGUUUAGAAACUUAAGAGUUGAAUUCAGACUUGGUUAGUAAUUACAGUAAUAAUUGUUUUAUUUUAAAUACUUUAGAUGUGGUUGAUUGAGCUUGCCUGAUGCAAUGGAACCAAUUGAAUAGUCCUUCAAUUGCACUUCCCUUCCACCUGACACUCCGGUCAGGCUAAAUCAAAUGUUCCCAAAGUAUUUGAAAGAAUAAUAUUAUUUGAACCCAGGUCUGGUUGCCUCGUGUAUAGGAUUGUCCUCAUACGGGGCACCAUUACAUAGUAGACAAUGUCCAUCAAAGGCCCAGUGCAGUCAAAAACGUGAUUUUCCUGUGUUUUAUAUAUAUUUCCACACUAUGAGGUUAGAAUAAUACUGUGAAAUUGUGAAAAUUAUAAUAAUGCCUUUUUAGCGUAAAAGCUUUUUGAAAAGACCGUAUGAAAUUUCAGCUGUUUUGAUGGGAUGGAGUUUUGGCCUGCCUGGUGACAUCACCAGGCGGUAAAUUAGUUAAAAGACCGAUAAGAAAGAGAGUUCCAAACCUCUCUGCCAAUAACAGAUAGUUUUUAGUUUUCCCCUCCCCUCUCAGACCACUCCCAGCCCCUCCCCACUCCCAGCCCCUCCCCACUCAGACCACUCCCAGCCCCUCCCCACUCCCAGCCCCUCCCCACUCAGACCACUCCCAGCCCCUCCCCACUCCCAGCCCCUCCCCACUCCCCAGCCCCUCCCCACUCAGACCACUCCCAGCCCCUCCCCACUCCCAGCCCCUCCCCACUCCCAGCCCCUCCCCACUCAGACCACUCCCAGCCCCUCCCCACUCCCAGCCCCUCCCCACUCCCAGCCCCUCCCCACUCCCAGCCCCUCCCCACUCAGACCACUCCCAGCCCCUCCCCACUCCCAGCCCCUCCCCACUCCCAGCCCCUCCCCACUCCCAGCCCCUCCCCACUCCCAGCCCCUCCCCACUCCGACCACUCCCAGACAUUCCUAGCAACAUUUUUGCUUGAGAAAUUGCUCUUUGCUAAGAAGCUAUUUUUGAUUAUUUUUGACUAUUUUAAUAGAAAAAAAAUCAUAGUAAGGUACUUAAUUGUUAUCCAGAAAUGAUUUGAUAUUGAGAUAAAAACGGUAGCAUUGGACCUUUAAGUGAUGUUGGUGUGUUUGGUCCUAAACCCCAUGCUCAUUGAGUGAUGUUGGUGUGUUUGGUCCUAAACCCCAUGCUCAUUGAGUGAUGUUGGUGUGUUUGGUCCUAAACCCCAUGCUCAUUGAGUGAUGUUGGUGUGUUUGGUCCUAAACCCCAUGCUCAUUGAGUGAUGUUGGUGUGUUUGGUUCUGGACCCCAUGCUCAUUGAGUGAUGUUGGUGUUUUUGGUUCUGGACUCACUCCCUACUUGCAGAUACAUUCUGGACCAACCCUCAGUACCGGCUGCGUCUCCUGGAGGAGGACGAUGACCCAGAGGACAACGAGGUGGCGUGUUCCUUCGUGAUCACUCUGAUGCAGAAGAACAGACGGAAAGAGAGGAAGUUGGGAGCCAAUCUCUUUACCAUCGGAUUUGCCAUCUACGAGGUGAUCCCUGUCAGCCAUCCCCCCAAAAACAAACUACUAAACAAAAAAAUCCACUACUAAAGAAUCUAAGAUAACUUGUAUUAUUCUUUAAAGGGGUAAUCUGCAGUUCAAAUAACAACAAAGCACAUAGUUAGUUUAAAUGUCCAAAAAAUGGAUAUACAAAUCACAGAUUGCCCCUUUAAUGCAUGGCCACAUACAUGCAGCAUUCUGUUUGUAAACAGUUUCGUUUUGAGCAGAGCGGUGUUUGCUGAUCCUGUUUCUGGUGCAAACACAACUCACUCUUCUCUCUGUCUGUCUGUCUGUCUGUCUGCCUGCAGGUGCCGAAGGAGGUAAGGACAGGUGUUUGUUUACACAUUGAGGUUUUAUCGUUCUUAAUACACUUUACCGCCAUAUGUAUUUAUAAACGUUUUACUAUGAACGUUUCUAUGAUUCAUAGUAUAACAACAAUUACUUUUCAUUCCCAAUCUUUCUCCUCCUCCGUCUGUGUGUUUCUGACCAGAUGCACGGCAACAAGCAGCACAUGCAGAAGGACUUCUUCCUGUUCAACUCGUCCAAGGCUCGCUGCAAGUCCUACAUCAACCUGAGGGAGGUGACCCAGCGCUUCCGUCUGAGCCCCGGGGAGUACGUCAUCAUCCCUUCCACCUACGAGCCUCACCAGGAGGGAGAGUUCAUCCUCAGAAUCUUCUCCGAAAAGAGGAACACCUCAGAGUGAGUGGCUGAGAGAGCGGGGUGGUGGUGGAGCGCAGAGGGAAUAUGGGAAUAUGUCGAGUCCCCCUGGGAAAAGCAAUGCAAGGCCAUAGUGGAGUGUCAUAGAGGUUUAUUAACAGUAUGUCUGGGAUUUAAACAAACACAGAUAAACGGCCUGUGCACUGCGAUAUACUUUUUAAAGGCAAUUUCCCAGACGUUUUUGCUGCGAUCACGUUGUGUCGCUGUAAACGCAGCAGAUGUCGUUGUUUAAAGAUUAAAUCACCUUUUAAAAGUCAAUCGCAGUGCACAGGCCGUUUAUUUGCGUUUGUUUGAAUCCCGGACCAAUGUUUUCCUUGGUCACUGGUUAACGAUAUAUAUAUCUAUAGAUCUGCAAAUACAUUUAUCCAUUCUAUUUCCUUAACUGCCAUCUUGGUAAUAGUAUCGGGAUGGGGAAUGAGUAUUUGUUAUCGCCAGCUUCUCUGGUGUUUCCCAUUUAUAGUAUCUUAUGUCUAUGAUGGGUGAACAGUCACAGCAUCUGGUCCCGUGUCUUAGAUGGGUUGGUGUCAGGUUACAGCGCCCCCUUUGGGGGGAGGGGUUACUGGGGUUAUGGUGGUGAGGUCAGACCGCUAAGGACAAACUAUUUUAACGGCAAUUUGAUUUCUAGAGCUGGAAGGAAUCGGUCCCAGUUUGAAGCUGUUAUGGAAUCUUUUUUAGGACAAGCGACUUCAGAUUUGGGCAUGCUCGGGUAAACAUUUUCUUUCAGUAUUAAAAUAAACCUCCUGCUCUGACUCCAAGUAUCCCAAAACAAUUUCCACCCUAGACGACAAGAGCUCCUAGCUCUGAUGGAAGAGGGGGACCUAAAGGACUGGAAGAAGCUGUUAAGAGAUAUGAUAGACCAGGUCUGGACCCAACACUCCUACAGAGUAGACCAGGUCUGGACCCAACACUCCUACAGAGUAGACCAGGUCUGGACCCAACACUCCUACAGAGUAGACCAGGUCUGGACCCAACACUCCUACAGAGUAGACCAGGUCUGGACCCAACACUCCUACAGAGUAGACCAGGUCUGGACCCAACACUCCUACAGAGUAGACCAGGUCUGGACCCAACGCUCCUAUAGAGUAGACCAGGUCUGGACCCAACGCUCCUACAGAGUAGACCAGGUCUGGACCCAACACUCCUACAGAGUAGACCAGGUCUGGACCCAACACUCCUACAGAGUAGACCAGGUCUGGACCCAACGCUCCUAUAGAGUAGACCAGGUCUGGACCCAACGCUCCUACAGAGUAGACCAGGUCUGGACCCAACGCUCCUACAGAGUAGACCAGGUCUGGACCCAACACUCCUACAGAGCAGACCAGGUCUGGACCCAACGCUCCUACAGAAUAGACCAGGUCUGGACCCAACGCUCCUACAGAGCAGAUAUGACCAACAAACAUGGACUGAACCUAAGAGGCCGAGACAAGGCAGAAAACUGCCCAUAAGAGUCCCUGGUCUUAAAUAGUGGCCUUCAGAAGAAUAUGGUCAAUAAGACCUAUCUUAGAAGUUGACUAAAAGAAAACAAGUUCUCAAGAAGAAGAGGAAAAAUAACAAAACAUGGAUAAAAAAAAUAAUAUAUAUAUAAACACAAUUAACUAACAUUUAGUUCACAGCUCGGUGUGAGGCGGUAAGAGUGUGUUGUACAAUAUUGUCAUUCAACUCAAUGCUAUUGGGUAUAGGACCAUAAUCCUCUAGAAUGUUCCGAGAGAAAUGUGCAGUAUAGUUCCAUAUUAUUGAUGUCACAAAAUUACAGUUAGUAACAAUAUUCAGAUAUAUAUAUAUAUAUAUAUAUAUAUAGACACUUAGGAAUACCGAUAAAAACUUGUAAAUGUGAUGAAAUGUUUAGUUGGGAUGCUGUAGAGUGUUUGGCUCCUUUGUAAGGAAGUGUGGAGGCUUAUGGCCCAAUGAGAAGUCCUGUUAGUGUCACCAUGGUGACUGUGGUUUGUUGGUUUCCACUCAGGGAGAUCGAGAACAGGAUCGAGGCUGAUCAUCCAGUGGUGAGUUUUAGUUCUCUGUCCUUCAUUCUGCCCAGCAUCAUGUAUUCAUCUCUCACAGUCCACAGCCCAACUUCCUGUUUCUCUCAGUCUUCUCCAGUCUCUAUUUGCUUACCCUCUGGCAGUGAGCCCAUGCCUUGGAUCAGUGAGAGAUGAAUAAAAAAAGAUAGUUUUCCUUGUACUUUUUUUUAUUUGGAUUUUUACGUCGGCAUUGAAACAGAAAAUUGGCCGAUAUCUGUGAGAAAUUACUUGAAAAGGACGGUAUUUAUUUUUUGUGUUAAAAUGUUUACAUCAGUAUUCAGAAGUGAUAUUGGCUGAUAGUAUUAUAGCCUCUCAGACACUUUCUCUCCCCCCACUUCCCCCCCUCACCCCUCAUCUCUGUAUUUCUCCUCCCUCCCCAUCUCUCUAUAUAUAUCUCCCUCUCCCUCCCUCCCCAUCUCUCUGUAUCUCUCCCUCCCCAUCUUUCUGUAUCUCUCCCUCUCUCUCCCUCCCCGUCUCUCUGUAUCUCUCCCUCCCCCUCUUUCCUUUCUGUUAUCCUCUCUCUCUCUCGUAUCUCUCUCUCUCUCCCUAUCUCUCCUCUCUCUGCUCGAUCUCCUCCCUCUCCAUCUCUCUGUAUUCUCCCUCCCUCCCCAUCUCUCUAUAUAUAUCUGCUCUUCAUUCAUCUCGACAUCUCUCUGUAUCUAUCUGACUCUCCCUCCCCCCCUCUCUUUAUCUCUCCCCCGAGACUCUCUCCCUCUAGCUCUGACUCUCCACUCUUCUCUCCCUCCCCAUCUCUCUACAUCUCCCCUCCCCCCUCUCUCUGGUAUCCUCCCCCCCCCCACGUCUAUGUUUCUCGCUCCCCCCUCGCCCUCCCCAUCUCUCUGUAUCCUCUCCCCCUCUCUCUCCCUCUCCUCCCAUCUCUCUCUCUCCCCCCCUCCCCAUCUCUAUGUAUCUCUCCCCGGUUCCUCUCUCUCCAUCUCUCUGUAUCCCUCCCAUCCUCUAUCUCUCUCCCCACCUCUCUCCUCUCAGUAUCUCUCCUCCCUCCUCCCCAUCUCUAUGUAUAUCUCCCUCAUAUCUACCUCCCCUCUCUAUGGUAUCUCUCCCUCCCUCCCUCCCAUCUCGCUGUAAUCUCUACCCCCAUCCCCAUCUCUCUGUAUCUCUCCCCCUCCCCAUCUCUCUGUAUCUCUUCUCUCUCCCUCUCUCUUCUUCUCCUUCUCAGCCGGCCCCAGCCAAUGCGGGGGAGGAGAGUGAGGAGGACCAGCAGUUCCGGAGCAUCUUUCAGCAGAUAGCCGGGGAUGUGAGUACUGGGAGUACAGGGAAGCCAGGGAGCGCUUGGGGGAGUGUGAGUAUAGUGCUGGGGUGGGUGGUCAAUCAAUGUGCUCCCAAUUUAGUGCCGGGAUUCAAUCCGAUCUGCGUCAGAGCCGCAUUAUAGCACGCUUGACAUUUAAAGGUAAUUUUCAGAUUGAGCCGACAUAUGCAGCGUUUACCGUGAAUGCAAUCUCUUCGAACACGGGAACAUUCCCUUUCAAAGUUGCAUUGUCUACAACCCACGAUCAGAUUGAAUCAUGCCUGGGUUAUUAUUAUAUACUGUAUUACACCUGCUGUACAGUGGGGAAAAAAAGUAUUUAGUCAGCCACCAAUUGUGCAAGUUCUCCCACUUAAAAAGAUGAGAGAGGCCUGUAAUUUUCAUCAUAGGUACACGUCAACUAUGACAGACAAAAUGAGGAAAGAAAAUCCAGAAAAUCACAUUGUAGGAUUUUUAAUGAAUUUAUUUGCAAAUGAUGGUGGAAAAUAAGUAUUUGGUCAAUAACAAAAGUUUCUCAAUACUUUGUUAUAUACCCUUUGUUGGCAAUGACACAGGUCAAACGUUUUCUGUAAGUCUUCACAAGGUUUUCACACACUGUUGCUGGUAUUUUGGCCCAUUCCUCCAUGCAGAUCUCCUCUAGAGCAGUGAUGUUUUGGGGCUGUCGCUGGGCAACACAGACUUUCAACUCCCUCCAAAGAUUUUCUAUGGGGUUGAGAUCUGGAGACUGGCUAGGCCACUCCAGGACCUUGAAAUGCUUCUUACGAAGCCACUCCUUCGUUGCCCGGGCGGUGUGUUUGGGAUCAUUGUCAUGCUGAAAGACCCAGCCACGUUUCAUCUUCAAUGCCCUUGCUGAUGGAAGGAGGUUUUCACUCAAAAUCUCACGAUACAUGGCCCCAUUCAUUCUUUCCUUUACACGGAUCAGUCGUCCUGGUCCCUUUGCAGAAAAACAGCCCCAAAGCAUGAUGUUUCCACCCCCAUGCUUCACAGUAGGUAUGGUGUUCUUUGGAUGCAACUCAGCAUUCUUUGUCCUCCAAACACGACGAGUUGAGUUUUUACCAAAAAGUUAUAUUUUGGUUUCAUCUGACCAUAUGACAUUCUCCCAAUCCUCUUCUGGAUCAUCCAAAUGCACUCUAGCAAACUUCAGACGGGCCUGGACAUGUACUGGCUUAAGCAGGGGGACACGUCUGGCACUGCAGGAUUUGAGUCCCUGGUGGCGUAGUGUGUUACUGAUGGUAGGCUUUGUUACUUUGGUCCCAGCUCUCUGCAGGUCAUUCACUAGGUCCCCCUGUGUGGUUCUGGGAUUUUUGCUCACCGUUCUUGUGAUCAUUUUGACCCCACGGGGUGAGAUCUUGCGUGGAGCCCCAGAUCGAGGGAGAUUAUCAGUGGUCUUGUGUGUCUUCCAUUUCCUAAUAAUUGCUCCCACAGUUGAUUUCUUAAAACCAAGCUGCUUACCUAUUGCAGAUUCAGUCUUCCCAGCCUGGUGCAGGUCUACAAUUUUGUUUCUGGUGUCCUUUGACAGCUCUUUGGUCUUGGCCAUAGUGGAGUUUGGAGUGUGACUGUUUGAGGUUGUGGACAGGUGUCUUUUAUACUGAUAACAAGUUCAAACAGGUGCCAUUAAUACAGGUAACGAGUGGAGGACAGAGGAGCCUCUUAAAUAAGAAGUUACAGGUCUGUGAGAGCCAGAAAUAUUGCUUGUUUGUAGGUGACCAAAUACUUAUUUUCCACCAUAAUUUGCAAAUAAAUUCAUUAAAAAUCCUACAAUGUGAUUUUCUGGAAAACAUUUUCUCAAUUUGUCUGUCAUAGUUGACGUGUACCUAUGAUGAAAAUUACAGGCCUCUCUCAUCUUUUUAAGUGGGAGAACUUGCACAAUUGGUGGCUGACUAAAUACCUUUUUUACCCACUGUAUAUCUGUCAUGUUACUGUAUAUCUGUCAUGUUACUGUAUUACACCUGCUGUAUAUCUGUCAUGUUACUGUAUAUCUGUCAUGUUACUGUAUAUCUGUCAUGUCACGGUUGUUAUCAGACCUGCUGUAUACAGUGCAUUCGGAAAGUAUUCAGACCCCUCGACUUAGUCCACAUUUUGUUACGUUACAGCCUUAUUCUAAAAUUGAUUACAUUGCUUUUUCUUCUUAUCAAUCUACACACAAUACCCCAUAACGGCAAAGCAAAAUCAGGUUUUUUGAUAUUUUUGCAAAUUUUAAAAUAAAAAAACAAACUGAAAUAUCAUAUUUACAGAAGUAUUCAGAACCUAUACUCAGUCCUUUGUUGAAGCACCUUUGGCAGCAAUUACAGCAUUGAGUCUUCUUGGGUAUGAUGCUACAAGCUUGGCACACCUGUAUUAGGGGAGUUUCUCCCAUUCUUCUCUGCAGAUCCUCUCAAGCUCUGUCAGGUUGGAUGGGGAGCGUUGCUGCACAGCUAUUUUCAGGUCUCUCCAGAGAUGUUCGAUCGGGUUCAAGUCCGGUCUCUGGCCGGGCAACUCAAGGACAUUCAGAGACUUGUCCCGAAGCCACUCCUGUGUUGUCUUGACUGUGUGCUUAGGGUCGUUGUCCUGUUGCAAGGUGAACCUUUGCCCCAGUCUGAGGUCCUGAGUGCUCUGGAGCAGGUUUUCAUCAAGGAUCUCUCUGUACUUUGCUCCGUUCAUCUUUCCCUUGAUCCUGACUAGUCUCUCAGUCCCUGCCGCUGAAAAACAUCCCCACAGCAUGAUGCUGCCACCACCAUGCUUCACUGUAGGGAUGGUGCCAGGUUUCCUCCAGACAUGACGCUUGGCAUUCAGGACUAAGAGUUCAAUCAUGGUUUCAUCAGACCAGAGAAUCUUGUUUCUCAUGGUCUGAGAGUCCUUUAGGUGUCUUUUGGCAAACUCCAAGCGGGCUGUCAUGUGCCUUUUACUGAGGGGUGGCUUCCAUCUGGCCACUCUACCAUAAAGGCUUGAUUGGUGGAGUGCUGCAGAGAUGGUUGUCCUUCUGGAAGGUUCUCCCAUCUCCACAGAGGAACUCUGGAGCUCUGUCAGAGUGACCAUCGGGUUUUUGGUCACCUCCCUGACCAAGGCCCUUCUCCCCCGAUUGCUCAGUUUGGCCGGGCGGCCAGCUCUAGGAAGAGUCUUGGUGGUUCCAAACUUCUUCCAUUUAAGAAUGAUGGAGGCCACUGUGUUCUUGGGGACCUUCAAUGCUGCAGAAAUGUUUUGGUAACCUUCCCCAGAUCUGUACCUCGACAAAAUUCUCUACGGACAAUUCUUUCGACCUCAUGGCUUGGUAUUUGCUCUGACAUGCUGUGGGACCUUAUAUAGACAGGUGUGUCCCUUUCCAAAUCAUGUCCAAUCAAUUGAAUUUACCACAGGUGGACUCCAAUCAAGUUUUUAGAAACAUCUCAAGGAUGAUCAAUGGAAAAAGGUCUGAAUACUUAUAAGGUAUGUUUUUUUUUUUUUUUUUAUAAAUUUGCUAACAAUUCUAAAAACCUGUUUUCACUUUGUCAUUAUGGGGUAUUGUGUGUACCGUAGAUUGCGGAGGAAUAUUACAAAAAAAUCAAUUUUAGAAUAAGGCUGUAACAUAACGAAAUGUGAAAAAGUCAAGGGCUCUGAAUACUUUCCGAAGGCACUGUAUCAGUCAUGUUACUGUUGUUAUCAGACCUGGGUUCAAAUACUUUAUCUACACUUGACUGAGCUUGCCUGGUGAAAUGAAUGUCUCAAAUGAUUUAAGUAAGUAUUAUCAAAAGAAAACAAAAACUAUUUGAACUCAGAUCUGGUUAUCAAAUGAAUUUGAUGAGGUUCUAUGUAUCAGGUGAGGAUGCUUUCAGACAUCAAAAGAUUAACACAAAAAACUAAUGUCAUUGAAACAUUAACCAUAUUCAUGUUUAAAAUGUUAAAAGUGUCCAGAGAUAAACUCAGAUGAGUCCAUAUGUCCUUCUCCCACUGUCUCCUCUCUCACAGGAAAUGGAAAUAACCGCCAACGAGCUGAAGAAUGUGCUCAACAGGGUUGUCUCCAAACGUAAGACUAAGCGUGUUUCUCAAUACGCAUACUACCGUGCUCCACACGCUCCGAGUUCGUUCUCCGAAGAGUUCUCUUGAGUACGUUCUUGUGAGGACGAGAGUGUGGAGAACACAUAAAAUGUUACAUUUGAGAAGCACUCUGUGCUAACGUUAAUGCAUUAACGUGACCUUUGACCAAAACAAGAUGUACAUAAAGCAAAGGUUUUACAUCAUUAUUAGCAAGCUAUAUGUGAAUCGUAUUAAUCUAGCUAGCCAGCUAGUUUUACAUGUAAAAAAAAAAGACCUACAACUAAUGUUGUUAUGCAAGGUAUAUGGCCAACGUUCGCUUAAGAUUUCUUGUGGGCAGCUAGCUAGCUACCAAUUCUUCAUCAGUUAACGUGCGAUCUACGACACUACAGUUGGUAUUGUAGGCAGGUAAACAUGCCAAAAUGAACACAGUACGUAUUUAUUAACGUAUUAUGAUAAACUAUUGUCAGGCAACAUAUAAGAUGUGAAUGGGCAACUUUUCAUUCUGAAGUCAGAGUUAACUUUCAUUUUUCGGCGGUUUUUUAACGUGGUUGCAUUACAUUAUGUAAACAACCCUGGGAAUAUUUCAGUCGAAGAUUGCAUCGACGUAUGCUUUGAAAUGUGUGUACAAAUGAAGUACGCAUCUGAGAAGGGCCCUCCGUGCUCCGUUUCGCAUACUUUGAUUUGGACUCGUACUCCGACCGUUGUGUGCUCCGAUUUGCAUGCCGGGACCACGGUAGUAUGCAUUUUGAGAAAACACCCUAAAACGACACUUUACAGUCAUCUUCUGCAUCAUUAGAGAAGGGGAUCAACAAGGCUCCGUUUUAUGUUUACGUAGUCUGACAGAUUAGCCUUGAACUGACACCUUAUUCAACUAAGUUAGGGUUUGUUGGUGAUUGGUCGAUUAGUUACCCCCCCCUCUCUCUCUUCCUCAGAUAAUGACCUGAACACAGAGGGUUUUAGCGUGGAGUGCUGCAGGAGCAUGAUCGCACUCAUGGACGUAUCCUCUGUAUCUGUGUUGUCUGUAGAUAGAACACAACCUGCAGAGACCCGCCUGCAGAGACCCGCCUGCAGAGACCCGCCCGGGUCCGGUUGUGUUGUCUAUAGCAGUGGUUCUCAAACCUCUCCUCGGGACCCCCAGACCUUUCACAAUGUCGUUGUAGCCCUGAACUAGCGCACCCGGUUCACUUAUAAUAAUAAUAAUAAUAAUAAUAAUAAUAAUAAUAAGCCAUUUAGCAGACGCUUUUAUCCAAAGCGACUUACAGUCAUGCGUGCAUACAUUUUUACGUAUGGGUGGUCCCGGGGAUCGAACCCACUACCCUGGCGUUACAAGCGCCGUGCUCUACCAGCUGAGCUACAGAGGACCACACAUAGUCAAGGGCUUGAAUAACUAGUUGACUAUUUGAAAUCAGAUGUGCUGGCGCAGGAAUAAAUCUAAAAACAUGCAACAGUUGUGGGUCCCCAUGAGAGGUCUGAGCGGUGUGUAGAGAGAGAGAGAGAGAGCACAGCCCGUUGGGACCCAAGACAGGCCUACGGUGGGACAAACAUCAGGGCCAAAUUCACCUUUUACUGCAGUAGCACGUGCCCAAGGUCAUGGGGGUGUUACAGAAAAGAACUGAUGACGUAUACUAAUGCAUCAACCAGGGAGUGUUGAAACAGGUUAUUCUGAGUAAGUGACUUUGUUGACCGGGGUGAUUGUGAGUUUUCCACAUGUCGUCCGCCAUUGUGGUCCUUAACUACAGCUAACCAGAUGGACGGGACUGGCAGACUCAACCUGCAGGAGUUCAGACAUCUCUGGAACAAGAUCAAACAGUGGCAGGUGAGAAUGCUCUUCUUCUUAUUCUUAAGAAUACUGGGUUCAUCUUCACUCCUAAUGGCACUGUAAAUAUGGUCAGAUUUGUAGAUUCAUAAAUGCUCUGUUUUUCAGGGAAUCUUUCAACACUAUAACUCGGACCAGGCUGGUAGCAUCAACAGCUACGAGAUGAGAAACGCCGUCAACGAUGCAGGUUAAUGUGUUUUCCGGAUUUACCAGAUACAAUCAAUAGAAUAGACGGGUAGCUUGUUUCCCUGUUUCAGCAUCUACAACAAUAGGUUCUGUUUGGUUAAAGUCCCCUAUAGCAGUGGUGUAAAGUAAUUAAGUAAAAAUACUUUAAAGUACUACUUAAGUAGUUUUUGGGGGUAUCUGUACUUUACUAUUUAUAUAUUUGACAACUUUUACUUCACUACAUUCCUAAAGAAAAUAAUGUACUUUUUACUCCAUACAUUUUCCCUGACACCCAAAAGUACUCGUUACAUUUUGAAUGGUUGUGGUCCAAUUCACACACUGAUCAAAAGAACAUCCCUGGUCCUCCCUGCUGCCUCUGAUCUGGCGGACUCACUAAACACACAUGCUUAAAUUUGUGAAUGAUGUCUGAGUGUUGGAGUGUGCCGCUGGCUAUCCGUAACUGGAAAAAAAAAUGAAAAUGGUGCCGUCUGGUUGGCUUAAUAUAAAGAAUUUGAUAUGAUUUACACUUUUACUUUUGAUACUUAAGUAUAUUUUAGCAAUUACAUUUACUUUUGAUACUUAAGUAUAUUUAAAACCAAAUACUUUUACUCAAGUGGUAUUUUACUGGGUGACUUCCACUUAUUAAGGUAUCUUUACUUUUACUCAAGUAUAACAAAUUGGGUACUUUUUACACCACUGCCCUAUAGAAAGCUGCCCUCUCCUUUCCAGGAAGGAUAUCAUUUUAUUUAUCUUUAUAGGGUGAUUGAUACCCUUUACAUUCCAGAACACUUUCAGCAUUGAAAUUAAGUUCCUAACAUAGAGUACUAUAGUAGAUAUACAGUGCAUUCGGAAAGUAUUCAGACCCCUUGACUUUUCCCCCCCCCCAUUUUGUUACAUUAAAGCCUUAUUCUAAAAUUGAUUAAAUAGUUGUUUUCCCCUCGUCAAUCUACACACAAUACCCCAUAAUGACAAAGCAAAAACAGGUUUUUUGAAAUUGUUGCAAUUAAAAAAUAAACUGAAAUAUCACAUUUACAUAAUUAUUCAGACCCUUUAUUCAGUACUUUGUUGAAGCACCUUUGGCAGCGAUUACAACCUCGAGUCUUCUUGGGUAUGACGCUACAAGCUUGGCACACCUGUAUUUGGGGAGUUUCUCCCAUUCUUCUCUGCAGGUCCUCUCAAGCUCUGCCAGGUUGAUGUUUGAUAGGGUUAAAGUCCGGGCUCUGGCUGGGCCACUCAAGGACAUUCAGAGACUUGUCCCGAAGCCACUCCUGCAUUGUCUUGGCUGUGGGCUUAGGGUCGUUGUCCUGUUGGAAGGUGAACCUUCGCCCCAGUCUGAGGUCCUGAGCGCUCUGGAGCAGGUUUUCAUCAAGGAUCUCUCUGUACUUUGCUCCGUUCAUCUUUCCCUCGAUCCUGACUAGUCUCGCAGUCCCUACCGCUGAAAAACAUACCCACAGCAUGACGCUGCCACCACCAUGCUUCACCGUAGGGAUGGUGCCAGGUUUCCUCCAGACGUGACACUUGGCAUUCAGGCCAAAGAGUUCAAUCUUGUUUCUCAUGGUCUGAGAGUCUUUAGGUGCGCAGGCCUUCAUGUGCCUUUUACUGAGGAGUGGCUUCUUUCUGGCCACUCUACCAUAAAGGCCUGAUUGGUGGAGUGCUGCAGAGAUGGUUGUCCUUCUGGAAUGUUCUCCCAUCUCCACAGAGGAACUCUGGAGCUCUGUCGGAGUGACCAUCGGGUUCUUGGUCACCUCCGUGACCAAGGCCCUUCUCCCCUGAUUGCUCAGUUUGGCCGGGUGGCCAGCUCUAGGAAGAGUCUUGGUGGUUCCAAACUUCUUCCAUUUAAGAAUGAUGGAGGCCACUGUGUUCUUGGGGACCUUCAAUGCUGCAGACAUUUUUUGGUACCCUUCCCCAGAUCUGUGCCUCGGCACAAUCCUGUCUCGGAGCUCUACGGACAAUUCCUUCGACCUCAUGGCUUGGUUUUUGCUCUGACAUGCACUGUGGGACCUUAUAUAGACAGGUGUGUACCUUUCCAAAUCAUGUCCAAUCAAUUGAAUUUACUACAGAUGGACUCCAAUCAAGUUGUAGAAACAUCAAGGAUGAUCAAUGGAAACAGGAUGCACCUGAGCUCAAUUUCAAGUCUCAUAGCAAAGGGUCUGAAUACUUAUGUAAAUAAGGUAUCUGUUUUUUAUUUUGAAUAAAUUAGCAAAAAUGUCUAAAAACCUGUUUUCGCUUUGUCAUUAUGGGGUAUUGUGUGUAGAUUGAUGAGGAAAAAACUAAAUGUAAUCAAUUUUAGAAUAAUGCUGUAAUGUAACAAAAUGUGGAAAAAGUCAAGGGGUCUGAAUACUUUCCGAAUGCACUGUAUUAUAAAGAGGGUCCUCUGUAUCGAAAGAAAAGUAUCCAGAAUAUCUAGGUGAUGUUAGAGUAGAUACUUCUAUUAGGAAGAAAAUGGUUAGUCUCGCCCCCCAGCAGGCUCCCUCUCUGUGGAGACGUCUGGUUUCACAGCGCCUCAGAACGGGACUAGCGCCUCAGAACGGGACUAGCACCUCAGAACGGGACUAGCGCCUCAGAACGGGACUUGACUGGAAGUCUAUGGCAGGAGUGGCGAAAACAGACAACGGUUUUGAUUGGCUGAUCUCUCAGUCCAUCACCAUCCAGCACAAGCCUUAGAACCUCCCCGCUACAUUGUCGACUUCAAAGAGCAAGCAGCACAAGUGAUUUAAAAAAGGCACCCACCAGAGGGCAAUGCACCCCUAUUUCCACAUAACUCCUGCCAUAGAGUGGACAUGCUUGUUUUAGUUCCACCGCCGAAGAAUGAUGCAGGCUACUCAUACAUAUUCACGUAGCCUAGAUGUAGCCCAGUAGGCUCACGUUAGCUAGCUAGCUAACUUAGGUGGUUCAUUGUUGCCCAUGUUAGCUAGCUAGCUAACUUAGGUGGUUCAUUGUUGCCCAUGUGAGGAAGUUAGGCUACCUAGCUAAAAUGCUUGCUAGCUUAUGAAAACUAAAACUAAAAGCGUAGAGCCAUAGACCGUUUUGUCAACUAGUCUACAAGUAGAGAGCCAUAGACCGUUUUGUCAACUAGUCUACAAGGGUAGUAGUGUGAGUCCCCAAUAUUUCUUUACUUGCGAUUUCUUUACUUGCGCGCCCAAAAAAUCAGUACCAUGGACAGCCACAUGAUAUUUAGCAACAUUGAUUAGACAAAAUUGUUUUUUGUUUUCAGUGUAUUAAACUAAGCAUAUAUAGCCUUGUUGAUGUAAUUAUGUUUAAAUUUUUAAGUUGAAAUGGUGCUGGAAUAGCGGAGGCAGGGCUCCUGUUGUCUUUGGGUUAGGGUUAGGGUUAGUUAGUAUAGCGGAGGCAGUGCUCCUGUUGUCUUUGGGUUAGGGUUAGUUAGUAUAGCGGAGGCAGGGCUCCUGUUGUCUUUGGGCUGACUUGCUGUAACUCCGUGGUUCUAAAGCAGUAGUGGUUUAGUAAACUGUCGAAAACGUGAACUUGCUUGACCGUGCUGCAGGUCAUACAAACAGUUUGUUACGUGCAAUAUUACCGGACAGACGUUGCUCUCCGGGUUUUGUGACGAAACAAACAGUAUGUGUAGUUGAAUUUAUUCCUCCACUGUUUGACUGUUGUCUUUUUGUUGUCACGACCUUAUUGUAUAUCACGGUGGCGUAUGAACUAAUGGGAUAUAGAGCAAACAACGCAAUUAUCACAACAUAGGUUGUAAUAUGGCUUUUUGACUGGCCUGGCUUCCCCAGUGAUUUUACCCACACACCACUACUGGCCCAAACUCAGAAUCAGUUGGGCUUCCUUAAAAGAAUAAAGCCAAUGUGAUAGACCCAUGGGGCGGCGUACAAUUGGCCCAGCGUCGUCCAGGGUAUGGGAGGGAAUGGCCGGCAGGGAUGUAGCUCAGUUGGUAGAGCAUGGCGUUGGGUUCGAUUCCCACGGGGGGGCAGUAUGAAAAAAAAAAAAAAAAAAAUAUAUAUAUAUAUAUAUAUAUAUAUAUAUAACAAAAAAAUAAUAAUGUAUGCACUCACUACCUGUAAAUCGCUCUGGAUAAGAGCGUCUGCUAAAUGACUUACAUGUAAAUAGAACAUUUAUUUCGAUUGUCGCCAUUUUUGAAAAGUCCCAUCUAAUACAGCUGUAGCCAGCUCGCUCCAUCUCCGGCCUCUAUUUUAACCACACCCAAAGUCCCACUUUGUUGCACAAUGUUACCAGGAUCUAUGCGCGAGCAAUCCAAUCCUGGGGACGAGGUAAGAAAAGUGUUAGAAAAGUAUUCAGAGUAUCUGUGACAUUGUUAGAGGUCAUUUAAAAAUCAGAGUAAAUGUAUUCAGACCUUAGUGUUAUCGUUAAAUGUGGCAGCCUGGUAACUGACUCCAUCCACUCCACAGCCUAAUCUCUAUGUCCAAUAUAUUUUAUCUCUAACGGUCUUGUCACUGCUCAGUUGUGUCUUGUGACCCGUUCAGGCUUCCGUCUCAACAACCAGCUGUAUGACAUCAUCACCAUGCGUUACGCCAACGAGGGCAUGAACAUCGACUUUGACAGCUUCAUCAGCUGUCUGGUCCGGCUCGAAGCCAUGUUCAGUAAGUCACUCACGCGCACACAAACUUCACCUUCCUAUUCUAUCUGGUCCGGCUCAAAGCCAUGUUCAUGUUUUAUUGAUUGAUUGAUGAAAUGGGGUUUGUUUGCAGGGGCGUUCCAGGCCUUUGACCAGGAUGGGGAUGGUACGAUCAGACUCAGUGUCUUGGAGGUAUGCUGCUAA